AUGUGGGGUGACCCAGUUGGGCGGGUGAAGGCCAGCAGCAGAGGUGAUGAAAAAAUUCACCUAAGGCCGAGCAAAGAAGAUAGGAUUUUAUUGAAUGAACUGCAAGGGAGCAGCAGGCAGGAAAGCAAAGGAAAGACUGCCAGGAGGACACACACACACACACACACACAGAAUGUUCUGGGUGAGAAGGGCCGGCGGAUCCGAGAAUUGACUGCUGUGGUUCAGAAGAGAUUUGGUUUUCCUGAGGGCAGUGUAGAGCUUUAUGCUGAAAAAGUGGCCACAAGAGGUCUGUGUGCUAUUGCCCAGGCAGAGUCUCUGCGUUACAAACUCCGAGGAGGCCUCGCAGUGCGGAGGGCCUGCUAUGGUGUGCUGCGGUUCAUCAUGGAGAGUGGGGCCAAAGGCUGUGAGGUCGUGGUGUCUGGGAAACUCCGAGGACAGAGGGCUAAAUCCAUGAAGUUUGUGGAUGGCCUGAUGAUUCACAGCGGGGACACUGUUAACUACUAUGUUGAUACUGCUGUGUGCCAUGUGCUGCUCAGACAGGGUGUGCUGGGCAUCAAAGUGAAGAUCAUGCUUCCCCGGGACCCAAGUGGUAAGAUUGGCCCUAAGAAGCCCCUGCCAGAUCAUGUGAGCAUUGUGGAACCCAAAGAUGAGAUCCUUCCCACCACCCCCAUCUCAGAACAGAAAGGUGGGAAACCCGAGCCUCCUGCCACGCCUCAACCAGUACCCACAGCAUAAUAGGGUCUUCUUGGCAGCUGGAUCUGGAGUUUGGAUUUUGCUCUCUAAAGAUCUCUAAUAAAAUCUUUGAAAAAGAAA